AUGAGUAACAACAAAUCUAAGUUAUAUGCUUGAGGUAUCCUUUGUAUUAAAGUAAUAUAGUAUAAUAUUUUUGAAUAUUGACCACAAAGUAACCCAUGCCAACAUGAUGUGACUUAGUCAUUGUAUAUUAAAUCACACAAAUAUAAAACUUAUAAAACUAGAAAAUAUGAUUUUUCAGAUAUUUAUAAGUAUUUCUAAAAAAAUAUAUAAAGUAUAAUUUAAUAAAACUUCCAAAAAAUAGCAAUAAUUUUCCAAGUCGAUCACAGGGAUGUAAUAUAAUAUUUGAUAAUUAUUCAGAAUUUUUCUCAAUGAAUAUAAUUUUCUAUGAAUUUAUACUAGGAAAUGAAAAGGAAAUAUAUUUAAAAUUCACGAAAAAGGGAAAUAAGGGUGCAUAUGUCAGGAUAAUGUCAGCGCUUGACGAAUGUGAAUCGGACAAAAAUAGAGUUCCACCCAACGAUUCUUAUGUAAGUGAUUACAAAUGAUUUAAUUGAUCAAAUUAAGAUAUGUAAAAGCUAAAAGAAUCAUAAGUGAAUGAAAUAUAUUUUAGUAAAUUAAAAUCACACAAAUUAUCACUAAAUAAAGUGUAAAAUAAGUUGAAAGUAGGAAAACAGAGUUCCAGCAUUGCGACGGUGAUGCGUCAGUGAUGCAUCGGAAUCCUAAGCAUUCGAGAGGAUCAUCGUGUAGUGUCCAUGGCCUUGAAGGCUCUCCUUAGACAAAGACGACAUGGGUAAUCUCUAGAUCUCCUUGUGAAGUUUAGAGAUUAAUAAAAUGGGUCGUCGAAUCGUCUUCGAUGAUUGUCACCCGAUGGAGCAGAAAAAUGACGACUUUGUGGCUCUCUGGUGGCUGUCACCUGACAGAGAGGAGUUGGAUGGAGGUGGGGCGCGUGUCAGGGAGCUUCAUCCUCAGGUCUGCGUGAUAAGUCUUCAUUAUCAUGAGUUAAUAAUUAGUAAAUAAUAUAGUUUUAGCCUUAACUCAUGAUAAAUAGACUUAUAUUUGUGUUAAAGAAUGAGUUUUGGUUUUCAAUUGAUUAAUGUGAAUUUUUGGGUAAUUAUGUGAUUUUAUACGAUUUUUAAAGUCUUACUUUUGAGAUAAAUGAAGAACAAGAAAUAAAAAUAAAAAUAUUGCAAAAAUGGGGGGACCCGUCGGCCAGCCGGGCCCACAAGCGGGUCGGAAGUGGGUUGGAAGCGUAGUCGGGGAGUAAGUCACGAGCAGGGGCUCGAGUGGCUUGGCUUGGGGACCGACAAGGCAUGCGUACGCCACUCCCCUUCCACGUCACCGGUGGCCAGCUGGCUGUGGGGCAAGGAGUGGUCAUACAUGCGCGAGAAGGGACUUUGCUCACAAAGCUAGAAUUACUAUAUAUUCACCCGAAAAAUCAGCGUACAACCGAUGUGGGACUAAACGCGCGUCACACUUUCCUCAGAAGAGGCAGGCGACCGGCGUGGGUUCGAAUCCUCCUAGAGUCAAAAUUCAUAUAUUUUUAUCUGAUUAUCACGACUUUCCUGUAGAUCACCAGUGAAGGAUUAAGCAACGAGAAUCGCUGGAUCAUCGGCGAAAAUCUCGUCAACGCGAUUUGCGGAGAAUUGCUACUAAAAUUGCUAAAUGAUUCGCGAUAAAAGGAUCGCAAAUCCAUCGAGUAAAUCAUCUCCGAUUGAUCGACGAACAAGCCGUCGUCGGGAAGAGGACGAUCCGCCAGGGGACCAGUCGCCACCUCUUGAGAGCGUACCAGAUGCGAUGAAGAGCCUCCUCUUGCUGCGCGGACCUGAGGAUGAAGCUCCCUGAAACGCGCCCCACCUCCAUCCAGCACCUCUCCGUCGGGUGACAGCCACCAGAGAGCCGCAAAGUCGCUGUUUUUCCGCUCCGCCGGGUGACAGCCGCUGGAGAUGAUUCGACGACUCACUUCAUUGAUCUCUAGACUUUGCGAAAAGAUCUAGAGAUUGCCCACGUCGUCUUUGUCCAAGGAGAGCCUUCGAGGCUGUGGACAUUGCACGACGAUCCUCUUGAAUGCUCAGGAUUCCGGUGCAUCGCCGACGCAUCGCCGUCGCGACGCCGGAACUCUGUUUUCCUACUUUCAGUUUAAUUUACGCUUUAUUUAGUGAUACUUUGUGUGAUUUUAAUUUACCAAACUAUACUUCGUUCAAUUACGAUUCUUCCGACUUUUACAGAUCUUAAUUUGAUUAAUUAAGUCGUCUGUAAUCACUUACGUAAGAAUCGCUGAUGUCAUCCUAACGUUUGCACCCUUAUUUCCUUUUUUUUCGUGAAUUUUAAAUAUAUUUCCUUUUUAUUUCCUAGUAUAAAAUUCGUAAGAAAAUCGUAUUCAUUGAGAAAAAUUCUGAAUAAGUACCAGAUAUUAUAUUACAUCCCUGUGACUGACCUAGAAAAUUACCGCUAUUUUUGGAAUUUUUAUUGAAUUAUAAUUAAUAUAUUUAUUUUGAAAUACUUCUAAAUAUCCAAAAAUUUGUAUUUUUUAGUUUUAUAAAUUUAAUAUUUACGUGAUUUAAUAUACAACGACUGAGUCAUGUCACUGCGCAACAAGAGGAGGCUCUUCAUUGCAUCUGAUAUGCUCUCAGGAGGUGGCGACUCAUCUUUCGAUGGAUCGUUCUCUUCUCGACGACAACUUGUUCGUCGAUCAAUUAGAGAUGAUUUACUCAAUGGAUUCAUGAUCCUUUUAUCACGAAUCAUUCAGCAAUUUUAGUAGCAAUGCUUUGCAAAUCACGUUGAUGAGAUUUUCGUCGAUGAUCCAACGAUUCUCGUUGCUUAAUCUUGUACUGACGAUUUACAGGAAAGUCAUGAUAAUCAGAUAAAAAUAUGUGACUUUUGACUCUAAGAGGAUUUGAACCCGUGUUGUUUGCUUGCCUUUUCUGGGGAAGGUGAUGUAGGUUUAGUCUCAUAUCAGUUGUGCACUGAUGUUUCGAGCGAAUAUAUACUAAUGUUUUCAUUUUUAAGCAAGUCCCUUCUCUCGUGUGUACGACCACUCCUUGCCCCACAGCCGGCUGGCCACCGGUGACGUGGAAGGGGAGUGGCGCACAUGUGCCCCUAUCGGUCCAAGCUGCUCGAGCCCCUACUCACGGCUACUCCCCGACUGAGCUUCCGACUUGCUUGUGGGCUUGGCUGGCAGGCAGGUCCCUCUCAUUUUGUUUUUUUUAUUUUUUAUUUCUCUUUCUUCAUUUAUCUCAAAAGCAAGACUGUAAAAAUCAUAUAAAUUCGUGUAAAAUCACAUAAUUAUCCAAAAAUUCAUAUUAAUCAAUUACAAAACUAUUUUUCACAUUUAACACAAAUAUAAGUCUAUUUAUCAUGAUUUAAGGCUAAAACUAUAUUAUUUACUAAUUAUUAACUUAUGAUAGUGAAGACUUAUCACAACACAUGUGAUGAAGUCUCAUGUAUAUUUUAAAAAAAUAAAUUCACCAAUGAGAUUUGAGCGAGGCACUUGAGCACUGUGAAGAUAGAAGCAUUAGGAUGAAAAAUGUCUGAAAUAUGUAUAAUGCUAGACAUGAGACUCAAAUUCAAGAGGUAAGCUACUUAAAAAUAAGAAAAGGGUGACCAAAAUAUUCAAACUAGAGUAUGGGUAAACUUUGAGUUCAAAAGUAAUCUAGUGACAAUGUGGAAAUCUAGUUUGAUAAUAAGAGUAAAAGUAUAUGAAUAGUGACUAUAAUAAAACUCAAACUUAGAUCCUACAUUGUAUUUGAGUUGGACCACUUGCAUAGAGAAAAGAAGAAGUGGAGAAAUCUUUGUUAUGUAACUUGUAUGGUGACACAUCAUAAUUUUAUAUGGAAAAAGUGACAGGAAAAAGUGAUCAACUUCAACUGAACUUCAAAAGUAAAAUCAUCUAUCAAAAUGCCAUGAAUCUCCAAAAAGCACCUUCAAUGAUCAUCCGUGAAAUACUUAUUUAUUUAUAAGCAUAGAAGAACUCAAGGAAAGUCUUGUGUACCCUAGAUGGUAACAUGUCAUUAGACUUCAUGGAAAAAAAAUAAUCUCAAAAACAUUAUCUUAGUUUGACCAUGAAGACAAAGAUGUCAAUUGAUUAAUUAAGGAUCUCAGUUCAGGAUAUCAAGGAUGACAUAACUAUGAGCCAAAAGAUCUGAGUUGAAGUAUGAUCAAAGGUUAAAAAUAAUAUUCUAGAUGAUAAUUCGUCAGUAAAAGAUGUCGACUAAAGAUAAGCCAGAUGAUCUCUUCAAAGUAAGACCUUGAAAGAAGAAAUGUUCAUCAGUCAGUUAGAAAUAUCCAGACUAGAUAUCAUAGACAACCGUUACUAGAGAAGAAAGUAUGGAAGUAAAAACUAGUUGAAGGCACUAAAGUUCUCUCAAAACAGUAAGAAGUUUUCAAAUUGAUAUGACCAUUUUCAGGCUCUGAAAAUAUAGAGAUACAAUAGAGUACAAGAAGGAAGAAUUGAGAAGAGUUAUAGAUUCGCACUUAACAAAAAAAUCUUCAUCCACAUCACUCACACAAGCUUGAGAAGAAAUUCUAAAUCUUUUACGACAAAGCGAGUGCACAUCUCAAAGAAGAAUCCAAAGCUUUAUCCUAUUUAAUAAUUUUUGACAUUCAAAAAUCAAAUAACUGCCUUUCAACAAUCCAUGACGAAGGAGAAAAUUGAUGAAAAAGGAAAUCGAUGAAAGAAGGAAAGGAAACUGUCCCAUAAACUACCUAUAUUUACCCCUUCACAUUUUCAUCCAAAUCACCUCAAUUUCUCACAAAAAGAGAGUCCAAAUAAAGUAUAUGUCUUGUGAAGAUCUUUCUUGGUUUGAGUCAUGUUCAUCUCAAAACAUUUCAAGCUUCUUAAAGAAAUCUGCUCUUUCCCAUUCUUCUCACUCCAAAAACAUAUAUUUGGAGUCCAUCUUUCUCUCUUUUCACCCCAUGAAGUAUAGUGAAAUUCUCAUCCUCUUUUCUAUCCUUUAACAAAUUACAAUUGGAGGAUUAUCUUCCUUGGGAUCCGAUGCAUCUUGGUGAACACCAUCGUGCAAUGUAAAGCUUGCUCAAACUAUGGUGGGUGAUGGACACUACGACAACAAGAGAACAAUUGUCUCGAGGAUCAAUCAUUUUCAUUUUACUUGUGGAUGUAUGUGUGGUAUCUCCAUGAGUAAAAUUAAGGUUUAUCUUACCAUUUUCUCUUAUUACUUUUUAUUUUAUGUAUGUUGAUGAUCAAUUCAUUAAAUAAUUUAACUAUACCUUGAUAAAGAUUUAAGUCUUGACUUGAAAUCUUAAUUCAAUCAUUGUCCAGUGGAAACUUAAUCCUUGAUUCCUCUUCCAAUAAUAAUUCUCUUUGUAUUUUCAUUGUGAAAGUGCCUCGUCAUGAUAUCUUUAUGAAACUAAGUAUUUUGAUCUAAUCAUCUCGUCUUUUAUUUCAUUCUUCUUGCUUAUACCAUUUACAACAAUUAAUUCGAAUUUUUAAUUGUCCUUGUGAUUGAGCCAAAUAUUUACCAAUAUAUCAUAUAAUAUUCCUAUGUUAAUUUCUGAUUAAUAAAUUUAAAUUUUGUCCAUCUAAGCUUUGAUGAUAAUGAUAGAUUGUGGAGACCACAUGUGAUUUAAUAUGAAUUUAUGAUCAUAUGUAUGAAUCACAUGUUAUCACCCUGCCUCUUAGUACUUAGCCACUUUGAACCUAAUAAACAGUUCACAAAUAUGAUUUUACUUUUCCUCUCAAUGUCAUCCUCACUCACAUACUUCACUAUUUCCAUAUAGGGACCUCUAAAAAAGAGUUAAUUAAUAGUUCUUGAUAACAUACUAAUUAUUCAAUAAAAAGGACAUGAACUAUCAUCUUUCUAUGAGUUUAGAAUGUAUAAUUUAUAAUGUUAUCAUACUAGCAUUGCAUAUUUCCUAUUUCCACACAAUUACAAAAAGAGUCCUAUUUUAUAAAAUUGUUUCGAAUUUUUAUAUAAUCAUUUAGUCUAGUUUUGGCUUUCCACAAAUCAAAAGGGUUGAUUUCAGAAUUCUUGUGAUUUUUUCUAGAUAUUUCUAGUGCUUUUAUGAUAUUUCUCGAGUGUGUGUAUCAGAUUUAAUUAGAUCUAAGAGGAGGAUGGAAGGAGUCUACACAUGGCAUACUUGGAUUUGAGAGAUCAAAAAACAAAAAUGAGAUGAAUGGUGGAUCAGGGUAUUCUAACUGCCAGCCCUUAAAUCAUGGCUAAGUAGUUCGAAAAGCUAUCAAUGGUUUGGAUUUGAAAGGAUAAUGUGGGUGGAAAAGAAGGAAAGCUUGUAAUCUAAUCUAGAAGGGAAGAAUGAGUAGAGAUGUCUUCCUUGAGUUUGACUUGUAUGCAAAGCGUGCAUCGAUUGUAAGACUCUCCAUCUUUUCUCUUGGCUUGAUAAAGAUCGAGUUGGCUGUCCUUGUGUUGAGGGUUUUCCUUAGAUCAAGUCCCUUAUCUUCUGCUCAAUGAAGUAGCUUGAUCUUGAUGACUAAUAAUGUUUUAUUAUCAUGAGUUAGUAAUUAAUUAAUAAUAUAUUUUAGGUCUUAACUUAUGAUAAAUAGACUUAUAUUUAUGUUAAAUUAUGAAAAGUAGCUUUUAGUUGGUUAAUGUGAAUUUUUAGCAAGUUAUGUAAUUUGGUGUGAAUUUAUAUAAUUUUUAUAAUCAUAUUUUUGAGAUAAAUAAAGAAAAGAAAAUAAAAUAAAAAUAUAAACAAAGAGGAGGGACCCACCAACUAGUUGGGUGAUGUGACUCAGUCUUUGUAUAUUAAAUCACGCAAAUAUAAAAUUUAUAAAACUAGAAAAUACAAAUUUUUGGAUAUUUAGAAGUAUUUCUAAAUAAAUAUAUCAAUUAUAAUUCAAUAAAAAUUCCAAAAAUAGCAGUAAUUUUCCAAGUCGAUCACAGGGAUGUAAUAUAAUAUCUGGUAAUUAUUCAGAAUUUUUCUCAAUGAAUACGAUUUUCUUAUGAAUUUUAUACUAGGAAAUAAAAAGGAAAUAUAUUUAAAAUUCACGAAAAAAAAGGAAAUAAGGGUGCAGAUGUUAGGAUGAUGUCAUCACCUUGCGAACGCGAAUCAGACAGAAAUAGAGUUUCGCCCGACAAUUCUUACAUAAGCGAUUACAGAUGACUUAAUUAAUCAAAUUAAGAUCUGUAAAAACCAGAAUAAUUGUAAUUGAACGUAUAAUUUGGUAAAUUAAAAUCACACAAAGUAUCACUAAAUGAAACGUAAAUUAAAUUGAAAGUAGGGAAACAGAGUUCCGGCAUCGCGACGGCGAUGCAUCGACGAUGCACCGGAAUCCUAAGCGUUCAGGAGGAUCGUCGUGUAGUGUCCACGGCCUCGAAGGCUCUCCUUGGACAAAGAUGACGUGGGCAAUCUCUAGAUCUUCUCGCGAAGUCUAGAGAUCAAUGAAGUGGGUUGUCGAAUCGUCUCUGGCGGUUGUUACUCGACAGAGCAGAAAAAUGGUGACUUUACGGCUCUUCGACGACUGUCACCCGACGGAGAAGAGCUAGAUGGAGGUGGGGCGCGUGCCAGCGAGCUUCAUCCUCAGGUCCGCGCAACAAGAGGAGGCUCUUCAUCGCAUCUAGUACACUCUCAAGAGGUGGCGACUGGUCUCCCGGCAGAUCGUCCUCUUCUCGACGACGGCUUGUUCGUUGAUCAAUCGGAGAUGAUUUACUCGAUGAAUUCGCGAUCCUUUUAUCGCGAAUCAUUCAGUAAUUUUAGUAGCAAUGCUCUAUGAAUCGCGUUGACAAGAUUUUUGCAGAUGAUCCAACGAUUCUCGUUGCUUAAUCCUUCACCGGCAAUCUGCAGGAAAGUUGCGAUAAUCAGAUAAAAAUAUAUGAAUUUUGACUCUGGAAGGAUUCGAACCCGCGCUGGUCGCCCGCCUGUGAGGAAGGUGUCACGCGGGUUUAGUCCCACAUUGGUUGUGCGUUGAUUUUUCGGCGAAUAUAUAGUAAUGUUAACUUUGUAAGAAAGUCAUUUCUCUCGUGUGUAUGACCACUCUUUGCCCCACAGUCAGUUGGCCACUGGUGACGUGGAAGGGGAGUGGCGCACACGUGCCCCUAACAGUCCAAGUUAA